UGUUUGGUCUUCCUUUCAUGCUCCCGUAUCGGAGUUGUGGAAACGUCGUCUCAUCGCCCCACGUUAAAGCGCAGCCGUCGGAGUCACCAGAGCUCCCAGCACAAAGGCGCGCACCACCGGCCGCUAACGGACGAGCAGAAAGCGGACCAGAACCUGCAGUUUAUGCUGAGCCUGUACCGGAGCGCAGCCGACCCGGACGGCAGGCCCAAACAACACCGGAAGUUCGGUUCCAACACGGUCCGACUGCUCAAACCGUCAUCGUCGUCGGUGCAUUACCGGCCAGCGUUAAGAGAUCAUCACUACACUUUCACCGUCCAGUACAACCUGGACACUCUCCCCUCAGAGCAGCUAGUCAGAGCGUCGUUCAUCCACCUCCGCUCCUCUACGUCUGCCGCCUCCUCUUCUCCAACAUCAGGCACCCCUCAUACCUUGGAGUCAGUCCGCUGCAGGGCUCAGAUCACCUCACUGGGCAAAGAGAGUCUGGUCACCCUGGAGCCCCAUGAGCGGUGGACAGAGACGGACAUCACUGCACACGUCAGCGGGCACGUCCUGCGGGGAAGGAGCCAAAGCGCUGUUGGACAUUUGACCCUCACAGCCCAGUACCGGUGCACCGAGCCUGGAAGCACUGCGGAGGACAGCGGCCUCCCAAAAUGGUGGGUACCUUUUGGUAGAAAUAGACGGAGAGACCAGCCCCACCUCGAAGUCCCGUCUCUUCUUCUGUACCUGGAAGAGGACCGGGAAGUAAAUGACUGGAUGGGGGAGCUGCUUAGAACUGAAGGGGAGAACAUGGUGAGGCAAAUAGGUCAGUGGUACCCUGCUGUCAAACGCCACAGACGCUCCAAAGACACGCCGCCGUCACAGGACAAAGAUCUUUCACUGGAUGCUCUGAAAAAAGUCCCCACUUCCUCCUCAUCCUCUUUUUCCACCUCCCCCUCUGCCUCUAUUAUCUCAGAUAUCCCCAAUUACAAACGCAAAACAGGCGUGCCCAAGAACCGAUGCAAGCUGCACUCCUUCCGCCUCUCCUUCAGUGAGCUCGGCUGGGGUCACUACUUCAUCGCUCCGCCGGUGUACAACCCCCGGUUCUGUCAGGGUGACUGCCCCAGGGUGCUCCAGUACGGUUACAACUCCCCCAAUCAUGCAAUCAUUCAGACGGUCAUCAAUGACCUCGGCAUCGGGGAUGUCCCCCCUCCAUCCUGCGUGCCCUAUAAAUACAUGCCUAUGAGCGUACUGGUGGUGCACAAGAAGAAGGUGGAGUACAGAGAGUUGGAGGACAUGGUGGCUGAGUCCUGCACAUGUCGAUAA